AUGAACAUCCUCUCGCGUACCUGGAUGAAGCCCAAGACGCCUUCAAGAAAGCACAAUCCGUCGACAUCUCGAAGACUUCUGUCUGGAGAAUAA